AUGUAUCCAUUUGAGAAGUAUAUCGGCAAGUUCAAGUGGUAUGUUAAGAAUAAAGCUCGCCCAGAGGGCUCAAUAGUCGAAGCCUACAUUCACAUCGAAUGCCUGACUUUUUGCUCAAUGUAUCUCCAAGAUAUUGAGACGAAGUUUACUCAAAUAGACCGCAACAUUGAUGGUGGAGAAGCGGAGAAUAUAGAUGGAUUCAAGAUUUUCAACCAGAAAGUUCGUCUCAUGGGUGUGGCUUCCAACUUACAAUUAUCAGAUAAACUCCUCAAGGAAGCCAUAUGGUACGUCCUCAACAACUGCGCUGAGAUUGGACACUACCUAGAGGAGUUCUACGGGAAAUGUAAGGUGCAUAGCCCAAAUUGUAUAAAUCGAACACAUCAAACUGAGUUUCUAACUUGGUUCAGGAAACGUGUUCAGGACCAGCGUAUCAUCAACCCACUCGAUGUGACUGCUGAUCUGUAUGCGUUAGCUUGAGGUCCUGAACCUAAGGUUGCAUCCUAUGCUGCUUGCAUUAUAAAUGGCAAAAGGUUCCAUACAAAGCAGCGUGAACUUAAGAGGCGUACACAAAAUUCAGGGGUGUUGGUAACUGGUGACGAAAGUACAAAUAAUGUUGACUUCUACAGUGUUAUUAAUGAUAUCGUGGAGUUACGCUAUAUGGGUUGGCGUCGGGUGUA